UUGGGAGAGGCAGCCAGCCAGCUAGGCAGGAAGCUCGAAGGAGGCAGGAAGCUCGAAGGAGGCAGGAAGCCCGAAGGAGGCAAGGAGGGAGGCGGAUAAUGAGAUUAUAAGUUAAAGAGGUGUUUAGACAGACAGGCAAACAAGUAUUUAACAACGACCUGUUCUGUUUUAGUGGAGGCAACAGCAAAGUCUCUAAGUAAACUAAAGAAGAUCGUAAAAAAAAUGACUUUGAAGCCCAAUCCGGCAAACGGCCUCUGCGUUGGAUUGAAAGAUUAAAGAAAGAUUGGAAAGACAAGAGCAGCGAAGAAAGGACGAAUAGAGCCAAAGCGCUAAUAGAAGUCGUAAACAACAUAGCCUCUAUUUCUAAUGCGAGGGACAACCACGAGAAUGCAUUUAGAUCAGUGUUAAAGCUAAUCACUUCAAUAGGAGCAGUAACACCCGGGCCACAUACACAGCUGGUUGGCAUAGCAGCGAUGUUUAUUUCAAGUUUUCUAGAUCUGUUUGGUCAUUCCAAGAAAAAACCCCGGUCUGUUCGUGCCAUCGUGAGAGAGGAAGUAGAUGCAGCUUUGAGGGAUUUCUAUGACAAAACGACUAAAAACGAGAUUGAUGGAGUCGUUCAUACCAUUACUACGCUCAAAUCGUUUGUUGACCGCAUUAGCAAAUAUAAAGAUAGGAUGAGUAAAUCAGAUCUUAACAAUCUUAAGUCCAAUGUCCCUAUUUUUAAAAAAACUCACUACUUGGGAAAACUCCGCGGACAGAUAAAAGCUAUGAUUAAGGAAAACAAGCCUAAGGACGCUAGAAAGUGUUUGGCUUAUUUAGAAAUUCUUUUGAAACUGGAAACCCUGAGAGAUAUGUUAUUCAUCCAAUUGGCCUCCUUGUCAACCAGCACCGGAGUAUCUAAUACCUACUACGAAACGGUUUUUGAAAAACAAGAAAGAAUUAAGCCUCUACUUUCUUUUCUGUACGAUCGUUCUAAGAUGAACUACAUAACGACUUACUUUGAUAGUCACCAGUAUCCCCAAACCAAUGCUUACAUGCAGCUUAUACUAAAGAUGCAAAGGCCUGAGAAGUUUCCAGCUCCGAAAUACUGUAUUUCCAACGGUAACACAGUAUUUGACUGGUUUAUAAAUCAGCGUGCUCAUGUCCCUUUGACCCAUCCGAUAUUUGGAACGAGUUUCGAGAGGGUUUGUAUAUGGAGAAUUGUGUCCCACGGACAUAAUCUCUUUAGCAUUGUCAACAAGUAUGUCUGUUCGAAUGACCCAUGGUGCAACGCCUUGCUAUCUUACGAUGGUGCGAAGCGGUUAGAUAAAUUGACAGUAGCUACUGUAGAAAAGGAAGACCCAGUGUUGUGGGAAAUAAAGCAUCUUGGCGGGCAUAACUACAGAAUAAUGCCAAAAUCUUUUUGUGGUAAAAAAUGUGGCCAAGCACUGGGAUAUUCAAGGCAUCGUAUCCUUACRCAUUAUGUAUUUGCCAUGCCUAUCCUAGUACCUCAAUAUGCAUACAGAACGGUAGGCUGCCUUGGUUGCCCAUCAAACAUUUGGAAAAUUUACGAGCCAUCAUCUGAUAUGCCUUCUUAUAACGAAUCCUCAGUCAAAGACGAUAACGUGUCAAAACCUGAACUAGUGUCUGAAGAAGAGAUGAAUGAGAGAAUUGGAAAUUCUAGUACUCGUGGAGAAGACGGAAAUUCUACUUUAGAGAAAGAAUCAGACGAAAUGGAAGAAAACGAUCGCAGUGAUCUUGGGGAAGCAAGUAAUUAGACAAUGGAAGUAUACAAACGAAAACCAUUAAAACCGACAGUCCAAGGAAACCGUAAUCAAAGCACAGAUGCAGUAUUAGCUGAUUAUACGCCAGAAGUAUAGACCGAAAGAAGCAAAAUGAAUUGUAAAAAAAACGUUCAUCCGCAUUAAGACACAGCAAAAAAGUGUAAGAAGUUCAAAUUAAAGUGCACCUAAACCCAGA